AUGGCCGCGGUCGCCCGUCCGGCGCUGCCCCCGCGCCGGGACACUCACUGCGGGGAGGGGGAGGCGAGCCCUGCCGUGAGGGAACACACACAAAACCCCGCAGGUCAGCGGCGACCCCCCGCAAGAAGCGGCCGCUCGGGAGCGCCUCACGCCGCCGGCCGCGCUUACAUGUUCCCCGGCGCCGGGGGAGCGCGGACACGGGCGCUGCGGACACCGGCGCUGCGGGCAGGGCGGAGGGCAGCCGGGCGCGGGGCGAGCUGUCAGCCGGCGCCCAGCGCUACCUCGGCCCCGGACCGGCAGCACCCCGGAGCAGCUCCUGUCCCACAGCACGGCCCGGCCCGCAGCCAGAGCGGCGGGGGUGUCCCCGCGGAGGGGGAGCCUGACACCUGUCACUCUCCGCCCCGGCACCGCCGGCGACCCCGCCAGGCCCGGCACGGCCGCCCCGCCGCCCUGCGCGGGGAGCGCUGUCCGCCGCAGCCGCCCCGCCAUACUCACGAGCGGGCCCGCACAGCGGCGGCGGCGCCGCUCCCCGCGGAGGGCGACGGCUGCCGAGGCCGAGAGGAGCCGGAGCCGGGGCUGGAGCUGCCCGUCCGCCCUCGCCCGCUGCGGCCGCCCCGGGCUGGCCAGGCGGUCAGUGACGCACUUGCUCACAGCCGCGGCGACACGGCUCCUUUCCUGCCCUUUUCUUGCCUUUUUUUGAAACAAACUUUAUUGGUUCCGCAGCCGCCGCGCUCGCAGACGGGCGGCGCCCGCACAGCUCCCGCGAGAGCCCAAGGCCCGCCCCGGCGGCGCUGCGGGACGGCCGAGCCGGGCCGGGCUGUCCCGCCUUCCGCCUCGCCCCAAGACGGGCCCCGCCCCGCCCCGCCCCCUGUUCGCCCCGCCCCCCGGGCGGGCCCAACCCCGCCCCUCCGCCCUCGGCCCAUCCCAGUUCGGCCCCGCUCUUCCGUCCUCAGCCCCGCCCCCCCGGGCCGGCCCCGCCCCUCCAUUCUCGGCCCCGCCCCGCCAGCCCGACGCGGGGAGCGCGCCCUGAGUCCAGAGGGUACCCCGGGGGUACCCCAGGAUUCCCUCAGGGGCGACGCUCCUGCCCCGCCUUGUUGCGGCAGCGAGCGGGCUGAGCUCUCCGCGGGCCCGUGCCCUGGAGCACCGCGGGGCUCCCGGGCAGCGCGGCACGGCUGUACCUGUGUCCUGUCCCAGCCUGUACAGCCACCGCCCCUCCAGCGCCUUUACACCCGGCUGGGGCGCGCAGACACGAGAGAUGCCCACAGGGGCCCGGGCACCUGGAGCCGGAGCUCUGUGUGA